UCACAUCACUAAUACAUCGAUUCGCACGUGUUACCAUGUCUCGAGUAAAUGUCAUGAAUGUUUAAACUUAAAAAUGUUUAAAUAAUAUAAUUACUGUGUUAUGUAGUUAAAUUUAAUACUCAUUGAAGUUCAGCUGGAAAUAAUGCUGAGUUGUUGUACUAGAAACUGUUUAAAAUACCGCCUCAAUAGUUUUAAGAAUAUCCUUUCAAGUAAUGAAUUAAAAUUGAUUACAUCAUGUCGUGCUGUUACAAAUAAUAUAAAUGAUAAAAAAAUAGAAAAAAAUGUUGAUGUAAAAAAAGUUGAAAAAAAUGAUGUAUACAAAGUUAUUCGAACUCUUUCGAUUCAUGUCUGGCCAAAAAAUGAACCAAAAUUAAAAGCAAGAGUUGUAGCUGCUGUUGGAUUUCUUUUUGGUGCAAAGUUGCUAAAUGUUCAAGUUCCAUUCUUGUUCAAAUAUGCUAUUGAUAGCUUAAAUGAUUCACCACUUGUAAUUAAUGAUGUAGAAACAGCAGUAGUUUCAACAGUGACUGCAAUGAUUUUAGGCUAUGGAGCUGCUCGAACAGGCAGUUGUUUGUUUAAUGAACUGAGAAAUGCGGUGUUUGCACAAGUUACUCAGAAUGCUAUUCGAAAAGUUUCCCGUGAAACUUUUAUGCAUCUUCAUAAACUUGAUAUGAGUUAUCAUCUUUCAAGACAGACUGGUAUGUUAUCUAAAGCUAUUGAUCGUGGAACAAGUGGAAUUGCUUAUUUUUUACAUGCUUUGGUGUUCAACAUUUUUCCUACAAUUUUUGAAGUGUCACUUGUCAGCUGCAUACUUACAUAUAGUUGUGGAUUACCUUUUACAUUUACUGCUCUAUCCUGUAUUGGUAUUUAUGCUGCUUUUACAUUCUCUGUUACAGAAUGGAGGACUAAGUUUCGUAUACAGAUGAAUAAUGCAGAUAAUGAAUGUGGCAUUCGAGCUAUGGACUCUCUAAUAAAUUAUGAAACUGUCAAAUAUUUUAACAAUGAAAGUUUUGAGACAGAACAAUAUGACAAGCUACUUCAGAAAUACGAAGAAGCUUCUAUAAAAACUGCCACUUCAUUGGCUUUCUUAAAUUUUGGUCAAAACUUGAUUUUUUCAACCACUCUUACUGCAGUUAUGCUAAUGGCUAGUCAGUCUAUUAUUCAAGGAACUAUGACAAUAGGAGAUUUGGUUAUGAUAAAUGGUCUUUUAUAUCAAUUAACAAUACCACUUAAUUUUCUUGGUACUGUGUAUCGUGAUCUUCGUCAAUCAAUUAUUGACAUGCAAAGUAUUUUUACUCUCCUGGAUAUAAAGAGUAAAGUUAUUGAAAGUCCUAAGGCUGUUCCAUUGCUGUUCUUAAAAGGAGACCAAAAAGAUAUUACUUUUGAGAAUAUAUGUUUCCAAUACCCUAAUGGACCAGUGAUUUUCAAAGAUCUAUCGUUUACUAUUAAAUAUGGAAAGAAAACAGCUAUUGUUGGUGGUAGUGGCUCAGGAAAAUCUACUGUUGUUCGAUUGCUAUAUCGUUUUUUUGAUCCAAAUGAUGGGAAAAUAUUAAUUGGUCACCGUGAUAUUAAAGACUAUACAAUAGAAUCAUUGCGUAAAAGUAUUGGGGUUGUUCCUCAAGAUCAAGUAUUGUUUAAUGAUACUAUAUUAUACAAUGUUCAAUACGGUCGUGUUUCUGCAACUGCUGAAGAAGUUUUUGAAGCUGCCAAGAUGGCAGAUAUUCAUGAUUCUGUUAUGCGUAUGCCUAAAGGUUACCAAACUCCAGUUGGGGAACGUGGUCUAAUGUUAUCUGGUGGGGAAAAACAAAGAGUCGCGAUUGCACGGGCUGUGCUUAAGACAUCCCCUAUACUGAUUUAUGAUGAAGCUACGUCGUCGUUGGAUUCUAUUACUGAAAAGAAUAUACUAGAGUCCAUAAAGUUAAUUACUAAAGAUCGAACUUCUUUAUUUAUCGCACACCGUUUGUCGACAAUAACGGAUGCCGACGAAAUAUUAGUAAUUGGUGACAAAAAAAUUGCAGAAAGUGGGACUCACAGAGAGCUCUUGGCAGAUUCAAGUUCUUUCUACUCAUACUUAUGGCAUAAACAAAAUGAUUUUUCGUCAUUUUGAUAUGCAUUAACAUAACGAAUAUAACUUUUUUAAAACAACAAAAAAUUGUUAGUUAUUUUUUUAAUAAAAGUAGUUUUUAUUAA